GUUAACGAACUCACACCUGCACAACCAAAGAAAUGGCUGAUACUGCGCCAACCAAAAGGAAAGCCGAGUCGGAUGCACGAGGUGAUGGCGAUGCCAAGCGAUCUAAGGGUAGAAAGAAGUGGGAGAUGCCAAGACGAGGAAUUGCUGAAGCCCGACAAAUCAAUCCUGGUGAUGUGGGUAUUUGGGCAACCUGCGCCAUGAAGAAAGAAGCGCCAACUGUUGCGGACCUGCGGGAUCUGUUCCAAGGAUACGCUAUGAAGCUGUAUGGCGAGCAGGCCGCCAACGGAACAGCUGAGGACGAUGACUCGAAUUUUAGCGGCGAUAUCGAAGCUGAGAUCAACAAAGAGCUUGCCUACAUUCGUAAGCCGGCUGUGAAGCCUCUAUUCACAUCGGUGAAGCUGGAUACUCAAUGCUGUAAGCGAACUACUCAGUCGUCGUCUGCAGUAAGCGUUAGUCUGACCAAAGCAGUGGUUUUCUUCAAGACACGGGCGCCUGUGGAACCCGUAUCAUUUGUUCACAAGAUUUGCCAAGACACCGCAGACGGUGUCCAGCACAAGAACUGUCGUUUCGUUAAACGUCUCACCCCAAUCACAGGCAUCGAGAAGGCUAAUCAAAAGGGUCUCGAGUCUGUCGCGGAGAAGGUCCUUGCACCGUACUUUCACGGAGAAGAGAACACAGGGAAGAAGUUUGCGAUUCGACCAACAAUCCGGAAUAAUAAGGACUUUAAGAGGGACGACGUUAUCAAAACAGUCGCGGCUGCAGUAGGCCCAGGUCACAAGGUCGACCUUCAUGGGUACGAUUUGCUCAUCUUCGUGGAAAUAUACAAGAACGUCAUUGGUAUGAGCGUCGUAGGGCCUGACUUCGAUAAGCUCAAACGAUACAACAUCGAGGAACUUCGUCAGGGACCCUUCGAAAACGCCACAGAAGCGCCAGCACCAGUUGCAUCUACUGAAAGUGCAUGACUUACAUCAUGGCCUCAAUGACGGGAAGCACUGUUUCGAGAACCUAGCGGCUACCGAUUUAGCGAGCUUCGGUCGAGAUGUCUGCAGCUGACGACUGAGCUUGCGUUCGAACAGCGUGCAUCUCCUAUGUCGCAAAUCCGAAAACGACAAGAUAGCGAUCCUUGUACUUUCUAGCGUCCGCUUAGGUUCUGACCCGUCGUGCCGGAACCGAGGCGAGGUUUACAUGGGCAUGUUCCGGCUCCGCCACGUUCGCAGCUAGACCUGCUAUGCGGAUGAGCGAUGCAUAGACAUGAUCAGGCUUGCCUAGGCGGAUGCUUUCCUAGAACGCGGUGAGACG